AUGGGGGUGGCUGCUGGGAGACCCAGGGGAGGUGGGGGACGUCAGUGUAGACCUGUGCUUGAUACACUCCUUGGGGAGAAGUCUGGAGAAAUCCUCACACCAGCACAGGGGUGUCCCCCAGGGGAGAGGAGCCCCAGCCAUGGCUCCAGCAAGCCCGUGGGGGCAGCUUACGUCCUGGUGGUCUCUGAGAGGUGGACCGGGCUCCAGCAAGCAGGGGGCCUCGAAGUUAGCACAAAGAGUUCCCAAGGGGUGUUAGUGGCCACAGGGGGCAGGAUUCCUGGACAGCUGGGCCAGACUGGCCACAGGACCCGUGGGAGCCUUACCCGGGCCCCAUGUGGAGGCACAGGACAGCUCUUCCCCAUGAAGGUCACUGUGGUGGGGAGAACAGACAGCCCCGUCGCCCUGGGAGGCCACAGACCCCCUGCCCCAGCCGGAAUGGCACCCGGAGCUCCAGCGUCAGCCGUGGACAUGGUGGGGCCCCGCUUCAUGCCGAGACCCAGCCCUUACUGCCCUUCUCAAGUCAGGCAGGAACAAGGGGGUUGCAUUCCAUGGGCCCGGGAGCCUUUUUGGGGCAGACGCCGUGGUGUGACUCCAGCUGAGCAGCCCCCCUCGGCCAGGGCCACCAGAGGCAGCCCCUUGCCUCCAGACCAAGAGCCCACCCACCCUCAUGGGUGCCCAGGAGCUGGCCCCUGGCCUGUGGGCCGGCCUGGCUGCCUUGGUCAUGGCAGGAUGGCCUGGCUGAUGGAUGAUCUGAGCCUCCUCCUUCCCGCGCCCUGUGCUAUUUCAGCUGCAGAACAAUGUUUAUCACUCGGCACAGCAGCGACCCUCCCUGGAGAAGGCUUGGACGUGGAGCUGCCCCACCUCUGA